UGUUCCUGAAGGUGAGUGCCCGGUACCAUAGAGAUGGUGACAGCUACUGCUCCAGUAUGGGUUGUGAGAGAAUCAUCAUCCACGCCUUCGUCAUGAGCGACGAGGUGGCGAACUGCACCAUAGAGGCCUACCCCAAAUAUUACACCCCGCCUACGGAAACGGUCCCCAUGGCAAUCCACGUGGCUGAGCAAGAGUCAUGUUCUAAUUGUGGAUCCCAGAUCCCGAUAGUAUUUGAUGAUCGGCAACAGUAUGCCAACAUAACUAUAGUAUCCAGCGGAUUCUUCGAGGUGAAAAAUGGACUACAGACAUAUGUAGAGGUGAACGGUGUAAAGGUCAUAGGUCGCAGGGGUUACCUGGUGGUGGCGGUGGACGUGACGUCAGGUAACGUCACCCAUCAGCGCAGCUUUGACACGUUUGCGCAAGCGCGGAAGGACGAAGCGAUGGCCAGAUUUAUACGGAAGGAAGUCCCCUUAGAAUCUAUUAUAUUAGUGUCCGUAAAGGAUGAAUCCAGCAGGCGAGCCAACCAUUGUCUACAGGCACUCAGGGAGAUAGGAGCAAAAGAACCGGUCAAAACGGGAUUUAGAGGAAGCUUUGCCAUGAUUGGCUACAAAGGCCUGACCCAGCCGUCAUGGAUCCAACAGAUCAACCUCCCACCGAAGAAGGGACCAGCCGAGAUCCGGACCCUCAUCCCCCUCCUCAAGUAGAGACCUGGGGGCAUUUCUUCCAUUGCUGCAGAGAAAUUCAUUAUUCGUCUCGCAGUGCACCCAAUCGGCACCCAUUCGAGUACCUCCUCAAGCAAGGGCCCUUUUUUACGUCCCUUCCGAAAGAGAAAUGCAACUCCAACCAAAAACCAUGCCAAUAUUCUAGUAACUAAACAAAACUGUUCUUUUCGGAACUUUUUCUGCCAUCUUCACUUUCUGGGGACAAUCACGACUUGCCAACCUCAUGAAAAUAUUCACGAAGUGCCAGAAUUGCAUGUAAUGCCAAGACAAUGUACGCCUUCAGCUGUUGAUUAGUGACAAGUUGAAUAUUUCUAAGAAUUAUCAGUAAAAUUACUAGUAUGUAGUAUUUGAAAAUGACACUACACUACAAAGGAUGUUCAAGAAUAUAGUAAAUCGUAUACAGUAAUAUUUAUGUUCACAAAGAGCAUUUUCAUUAAGUUAAUCGUGGCACAGAGAGAAAACAGACAAUCGACACAUUCCCAUUGGUUGCUUGAUCACGUGAUUCCUUUCCACAAUGGUUAUCUUCAAUUGACCAAUGAGAUGCAUGUAUAUUCGAAAUUGGCCAAUGGAAUCCACGGGUGCAUUCGCGGUCGACCAAUGAAGAUGCAUGUAUAUUCAAACUUAACCAAUGGGAUUGAUGGUUAGAUUUAAGAUAGACCAAUGGAAUCGCUUUUUGCAUUCCAGGUAAAUUAUGAUAUUAUGUAAUGACUUGUUUGAUGAAGGAUUAGGACUACUUCAAGACGUUAGAGUAGUCUAUGACGUAGUGUUGCUAUGCAACGAUGCUCUGAAACGCAUCAUCACUUUUCAAUUGCAUUGUCUCUUGUAAUAUGCUACAAGCGCCUUCUAGCGUGCCUAAUGUAAACGGCAAGGUAAUGCUUGCCAAAGUUCUAUUUAUUACAGAUUCCAGGUCUUGCAGGUACUCUAAGCAAUUUUCCUGCAAAUUUACCAAGGCGUUUAAACUGUACGCAAAUUGGGAAUGAAAAAAAAAGCAAAACUUUGUAAUUAUCAAAGUAGUCAUUUGGCUGAAGUAAGUAGAUAUGUAAUGUAUAAUUAACCCGUCUGCAUAGUGCUUGAUAAAUCUUGAUAUCACCGUGCAUUAGAAUGGCUUUUGCUUGUGCAUACUGCGAACAAAUGUAAGUAUUAUUACAAAAGCACGCCUGAAGAUAGAUAGAAUUAUGGAAGAUGGAUAGAAUUUCUGAAGUUGCUUAAUUCUGCAAGUACAUUCCUUUCUAUCUAUUUUUGUUCGUUAAUUUCAGACAUCACUUUAUGGUAUUUUU